GAUGAUCAUUCGAUAGGGACCAAUGUGCACGCUGCUGCAGCCACUGAGUGCAAAUAAAGCAGCCUGAUAACAGUCGACUGGUUUAAAUCCCGUUGAGGAGACACGGAGGAAAUGAUGCAUGUUCAGGCGGUAUUUGUUCUCCUGCUUCUGCUCCAAGCAUGUGAACCAGCUGCGGCACAAACUCCAGACCCUGCAGAGGCUCCAGGAAUCCUGCAGAGAAUAUCCGAGAAAAUCGGUGAAACCAGAGCUAAAAUCUGGUCUCUGGGGGAGGCGAUGGUUGAAUUUGUUGGAACUUACUAUGAAGAUCACAUCCAACCAAAGACUGAGAGCUACGCAGAGUGGGCCUCUAACAUGAGGAGUUCACUGAGACAGAAGAUCUGGAGCCCUCUUGACGACUAGAUGCCUUUUAGCAACUCGUCCAACUCAUCAUCACAACGCAGAAUCACAGCUUUGGGCCGUUUACUGUGGCGCUUGUGCCACCCAGCUUUGCUGUUUCUAAAAAUAAAGAUAUAAUCCAAAAUAAACCUAAAUAAAAACA